ACAACCAUGCAUUCAUUGUACUCUCUCUCUCAACUUGCUCUUCUUCUUCCUCCAGCUGAUCUCCUCCCCAUGUUUUUGGCUCAAAUGUGAAGUUCUUGGCACCUUCUGAAAUGGGUUUGCUGAAGUUUCUUCAACUGUGUGUUUGCAGUGCCAUUAUGGCGGUGGGAGUACUGUUAAACUCAGCUGAACCAACGGUUCUCAUUCGUUUUAGCCGUGCACCUCCACCUCAGUCAAGAUUCUCCACCGCCAUUUUUGGGUACUCAGUCGAGAGGUUGGAUGGUUCCAAUGCAUGCAAAAAGAAUGGCUGUUCCAUUCACUGUGAGCUAGAUGGACGAUCUCUGAGACCUUGUCCGGCUGAAAGUAUAGUAUUGAAAAACUUGACUGUAAACCGUGAACACAAAUUUCUUCUCAAUGUCACAACCGGGGAUGGAGAGACAAACUCAUCAGCUUAUUCAUGGUUCAUUGAUACAAUACCACCAACUGCAACAAUUCAUAGCGAGCAGAUUUAUACCAAUGCAGAAAAAGUAGCCAUUGAUGUUACAUUCAGUGAAGCUUGCAGUGGACAGAGUGGCUUCAAGUGUGUGGACUCAUCUAACUGUGAUGUCAUAAUAAAAGGACCUGCCCAUGUACGUGCAUCAUCACUACGGGUUAUGGAACCUGGAAUCAAAUAUAGCCUCGAUAUAAUUCUCUCCUUAAGAAGUAUGUAUGGGCGUGCAGUAAUCACAGUGGCAGAAAAUAUUUGUACAGAUCAGGCAGGAAACCAUUUCACACGAACAAAUGGUUCCACUAUAAUCAUUCACUUUGAUAGAAGACCAGUACAGCUAGAUUUAUGGACAUCUGUACCAUCCUAUGAGUUGGUGAUUAAUGGGGUUCCAAGAACUGUGCUUGCGACUAACAAACUGGAGGACAUCAAAUUGUUCCUUGAUUUCAGCAUUCCCAUAAUAAAUUCAACAAAGCAGAUCCUAAAAACAUUACACGUGAACUCGGGUAACUUAAUACCUAUUCAUGGUAAACUUCGUGCGAACCGUCGAUUCGUUUUUGAACUCAAGAACAUAUCAAUAACUGAAAUCAUCACAAUUGAAGUACGAGCUGGUUCAAUACUUGGCAGAACAGGCACCCCAGUCUUUCCUGUUGCCCCAAUUAUGUUCCUUUAUGAUUCUGUGAACCCUGGUGUCAUGUUAAGUACAAGCUCACCAAGCAUCACGAAGGAGUCCAACAUCAAUGUGAUGGUUGAGUUUACAAAGCCAGUUUUUGGCUUUGAGGCCUCCAUGGUAAAAGUGGCUGGGGGGACACUAACAAGGUUUAAGGAACUUUCAAGAGCUCUGUACUCAUUGACUGUCCUGGCAGAAGCUCAGAAUGUGGUUUCAGUUACCAUUCCUGCAGGGAAAGCAAGUGAUAUUUCAGGAAAUCUAAAUUUGGCAUCUAACCAUCUUGAAGUGAAACAUUGCUAA